UGUCGCCACUUGAACCCGGCGGAGGGGCUGAGCGGCUGCUGCGGGGUUUCGGCCUGUGAGCGCUGACCGGGCCACAAUGCAGCUGCUCGGUCUGCCUGCCUGCCUGGCGCGUUGACGUUGGCCAUUGAGCGCAGCCCCAGCCUGAUCUCGGGGCAGAGUCGAGGGAUCAGCGCAGAACAGGUACGGAGGCGGAGGCACAGCUGACAGGUUGUAGCAAACAGAAAUGGCCAGUGAUCAAUUUUACCGAAGGGGGAGUUUUAAUAGCUGCCAGAGCAACACUAGCGAUGAAGAUAUGGUGGAGAUCGCAGGAGCACCUCUGGACUUUUCUUUGGCAGAUGAUGUUCCUCCACUAGACAGGGAACCACAAAAAGGAUACACACAAUAUAAUGGAGCAGGAAUGAAUGGUGCAAGUAAGAUGAUGGAUUUUUUUGAUGAACCACUUCCUGGUGUGGGGACGUAUGAAGAUUUCAAUACGAUCGACUGGGUCCGUGAGAAAUCUAGGGACAGAGACAGACACAGAGAGAUUGCAAGCAAAAGUAAGGAAUCAUUGUGUGCACUCAUUAAGGGUCUGAGUGAUGCUUUUUCUGGAUGGCUGGUAAUGCUUCUGGUUGGGCUAAUGUCAGGUGCCAUUGCUGGUUUGAUCGAUAUGGCUUCUCAUUGGAUGACAGAUCUAAAAGAAGGGGUUUGUUUAGUGGGAUUCUGGUAUAAUCAUGAACAUUGUUGUUGGACAUCCAAUGAGAUCACUUUUGAACAGCGAGAUAAGUGUCCAGAAUGGAAGUCUUGGUCUGAACUGUUCCUUGACCAGUCUGAAGGUGCUGGUGCAUAUAUACUGAAUUACUUCUUGUAUGUCGCUUGGGCCCUGGCUUUCGCUUUCCUGGCUGUGUCCUUGGUGCGAGUAUUUGCACCUUAUGCCUGUGGUUCUGGAAUUCCAGAGAUUAAAACCAUAUUAAGUGGUUUUAUCAUUAGGGGCUACCUGGGAAAGUGGACCCUGAUUAUUAAAACCAUCACCCUGGUCUUGGCUGUGUCUUCAGGCCUCAGUCUUGGGAAGGAGGGUCCUCUUGUACACGUGGCCUGCUGCUGUGGCAAUAUUGUUUGUCAUCUCUUUACAAAAUAUAGGAAAAACGAAGCCAAGAGGAGAGAGGUACUAUCAGCAGCUGCUGCAGCAGGUGUCUCUGUAGCUUUUGGUGCCCCCAUUGGAGGAGUUUUGUUUAGCCUUGAAGAGGUCAGUUAUUACUUCCCUCUGAAGACUUUAUGGAGGUCGUUUUUUGCUGCUCUGGUCGCAGCCUUCACAUUACGGUCAAUAAAUCCAUUUCGUAAUAGUCACCUUGUGCUAUUCUUUGUAGAAUUCCACAGUCCCUGGCAUUUGUUGGAAUUAAUUCCAUUCAUCCUUUUGGGAAUCUUUGGAGGACUGUGGGGAGCUUUUUUUAUACGUGCUAAUAUUGCCUGGUGCAAAAGGCGCAAGACCACCAUGUUAGGGAAGUACCCAGUUCUUGAGGUCCUUUUUGUGACAGCCAUCACAGGUAUUAUAGCUUUUCCUAAUAACUACACCAAAAUGAGUACCAGUGGACUCAUUGCAGAACUAUUCAAUGACUGUGGACUUCUGGACUCUUCACCACUGUGUGAUUAUAUUAAUGAUGUCAACAGUACCAAAACAAUCGACAGCUUGCCAGAUCGUGCGGCAGGUAAAGGUGUCUACAUGACAAUAUGGCAGCUGGCUCUAGCACUGGUGUUUAAAAUCUUCAUCACAAUAUUCACAUUUGGUAUGAAGGUUCCCUCAGGACUUUUCAUACCAAGCAUGGCAGUAGGUGCUAUAACUGGAAGACUUCUAGGAGUGGGAAUGGAACAACUGGCCUAUUAUCAUCAUGACUGGAUCAUCUUUAAAGGCUGGUGUAGUCCUGGAGCUGACUGCAUCACUCCUGGAUUGUACGCCAUGGUUGGUGCCGCUGCUUGUCUGGGUGGGGUGACCAGAAUGACUGUAUCCUUAGUGGUUAUCAUGUUUGAACUUACGGGCGGACUGGAGUACAUUGUCCCAUUAAUGGCUGCUGCAAUGACCAGUAAAUGGGUGUCUGAUGCAAUUGGACGAGAGGGCAUCUAUGAAGCACAUAUUCGCCUGAAUGGUUAUCCAUUCUUGGAGGCAAAAGAAGAAUUUACCCAUAAGACAUUAGCAAUGGAUGUUAUGAGACCUCGGCGCAAUGACCCUCCUCUGACAAGUCUCACUCAGGAUGGUAUGAAGGUAGAAGAUGUGGAGGCAAUUAUUAAUGAAACAACCUACAGUGGAUUCCCUGUAAUUGUAUCAAAAGAAUCCCAGCGACUUGUUGGUUUUGUCCUCAGAAGAGACUUAAUAAUUUCAAUUGAAAAUGGAAGGAAACGACAAGAUGGGAUUGUAAGCACUUCCAAUAUUUAUUUUACUGAACACUCUCCUGUGCAACUUCCAAACAGCCCUGCUGCACUCAAACUUCGUGCCAUACUAGAUUUGAGUCCAUUUACAGUGACGGACCAUACACCUAUGGAAAUAGUGAUUGACAUAUUCCGCAAGCUGGGCUUAAGACAAUGUCUUGUUACCCACAAUGGGCGACUCCUUGGUAUUAUCACCAAAAAAGAUAUAUUGAAGCAUAUUGCUCAGAUGGCCAACCAGGACCCUGACUCCAUUAUGUUUAAUUAAAAUAAAGCUCUAUUCAUACUAAUGGGGAUUACAGAGAGAACAUUUUUAUUCAUGGUAACAUGCUAUGACUGGUUUUGGCAUCUUACCUUAACCUUCUUAUGAAGAGGGAUGGUCAUACCACAUAUUAGAUGAGCAUUGAAUUAAUUGUUGAUUUUCUUCUGCAAUUUUUAUUAAAUUUGUUGUAACAAUGGUAACAUCAAGCACUAGGUGCAUGAAUUGUGUGGGUUUUACCAGCAGAUAACCAAAAUGGUAAAUCUUUGGACUUUUUUGAGAUUAGAAUACCUCAAUUUUGAAAUUAUAAUGAAGUAUGAAUUUGAAAAUUAUGACAUGCCCUGUACAGUGAGAUUAAUAGAAACCACUUGUCCCCUGAAAUUUUCUUUAGCACAAGUACCUUUUUAAGUUGCAUUGAAAUGAAUCACCAGUAAGAUAAUUGCACAUUAUGCUUCCAUCCCUACUCUCACUCGCUCACACACACCAUGCCAGCAGCCACGUGGCAUCCAUAUGUCAUCUAACUGUUCUAACAUAAAUGUUUACAUGACUACAAAAUGGAAUAGUCUCAUCCUGUACAGUUAAAUUUAAAUGAAUUAAUCUUCAGGGUAUUAUAAAUGGGAAAUUUCUCAAAUCUUUUGCAUAGAAAUAAACAGAUCACUCCACUUGUUUUAAGGGGCUGAUUUGUGUGUGUGAAAAAUGCUGCUUUCCAGAAAGCUCUCUGGAUAUUACAUAAAAUAAAAUUGCUUUGUUUGGAGGAAAGCAGCACUUUCCUUUGCUGUGUAGCUCAUGGGUUAUCACACAUUUUCCCAGUCCUACCCAAAGUGAUGAUGUAGUACUAAGUUUAUGUUGAAGUGUAAUGGUUCAUUGGUGAGCCAGAUCUCAUUGAUGCCUACUGCAGGUCAAUGUUGACUUUGAGUACAUCUGUCUUUGUUUAUUUGAAACAAUGGUGUGUGGAUGUAUGACACAGACUUUGUACACAUGUAAAUUAUUUCUGACUUCAUUGAAAAUGCAUAUUGCCUUGGGGCAAUCCAAUUGCACGGGAAGUGUGACUACAAGCUCAUGUCUAGAAAUUGGUUGACACCUGUACAGGCAUAUUUAGCAGUCUGUGGCUGGCCUUUUUCCUGCAGCACUCCAGCUGAGAUGGAUUUUAGUAAACUGGGAAGAAUUAAGGGUGUUUUCCACCCAUCUAAUAUUGAACAGAGCUUUGUCGGUAUCUUUAUAUCUUGCAGAUCUCUUGGCAUUUCUUCACAUAUCAAUUAAUCAAAUUUGAUGGACAUUGUUUAUCUUUUUCAGAAUAGUUGAUAAAAAUUUACCAACGUGUUACAGAAACAAUUUUUGUAUUUAUUUUUAGGUUUCACUUCAAUUUUGUAGAUUUUUUGCAUAAUUCUGGUCUUCUGUGUUUAGUUAUAAGAAAGAACUCUUUAAUUGAAGUAAAUCUUAUCACUUGCACAUCACUGUAGAACUUCCAGCACUGAGGACAGAUCUGGUUAUGGUGCUGAGUUAAUGCCCAGGGUAUUUUCAAAUGAAGUGAAUCAAGAAUCAAAUAUCUCCUAUGCAUCUGCUAGUGUGAUAUUCUCUCAAUCUUUCUCAGCAUGAAAGCUGAAACCCAAGCUCUUUGGGUUAGAAUCAAACAAUGAAAUAUUUAUACUACUAAACUGAUUAUUUCAGUGUAAUCAUUAUUUAGCCUGUCCGAAUGGUCAUCAUUGGAAGUUGCUUUUCAACAUUUUUCUAUAUACAAAUUACAAAUUGAAGGAAGCUGAAAGUAGGAUUGAUGGAAAGAGUUUUAGGAGUGAAGCAGAAAAGGAGGUAGCAGGGCAAGUGUGUAAAGCAGUCAGUCACAACUUGGCAUGAGUCUAUAGAGUAAGGACAUCCAUGAGUUGGCAGUAAUUGUCCAAAUUAUCACUUCAAAGAGGCCAUCAAGAGUUUUGGUGGAUGAAUUGGAGGUGCUAUGUUGUUGCAGUAGGGUUGAUUGUAGUUUAGGUUUGUGUGUACUUCUGGGGAAUUCUAAAUUGUAGGAAGAUGAGGGACCAUGUACAAAAAUAGUUAUCUUGGCUGAAUGUUGUCACUCUACAGGUAUAAAUUUAAACUUGCUGUUCAGAUUCUGUCUAUGAAAAGAUUAUUGUAUAAAGGAGACGAGUUGCAAAUAGGAGGUUAUUUUUGGCCUCUGAUAUUGAUGUUACAAUGUGAAUCUAAAUCUCCCUAAGCUUGGAAAUGUUAAGUUUGCUCCAAUGGUGGCACUUCUUUGAGUCAGUAAGUUGUAGAUUUGAUCCUAAUUCUAGAGAUUCAAGCUUGGUCUUGUCUGGAAUUUUAGUGCCAGUACUGUGGGAAUUCUCUGUUAUUGCAGGGUUCAUAUUUUGGAUGAGACACUAAACUGAUGCCAGUAUGCUUUUAGCACACAAAUAAUGCUGUGCAAUAUUUCCAUCCAAAGAAAAGUGAGGCAGUUCUGCUGUUGUCCUGGCCAAAUUUGCCCCUUGACCAACAACCCAUUAAAAGUGAUUUUUCAGGCCAUUUACCUAUUGCUGUUAUGGUUCCUGAUUCUGCUCAAAUUGGCUGCAUGCUUAUUCACAGGGAGCAAAAAAUGGCUUAAUUUGUCCUGUGGCCUUGACACAAACUUGAAAUGGCAAUGAUGAAGUUGUAAACUUGUCCUGGGAUCACAUAUCAAGAGUUGUCCAAUUUUUAGUCACUAUGGCAAAGGCUUCAAAUGAUGAAACCCAAAUAUAGGUGUGAUAAAGUUCUUUAUCUAUCUUUAAUUACUCUAUUUGUAAAGUAGUUCUAAACUGGGAAUGGAGGUUAAAAAGCCUGAAUUCAAUAAACAGAAGUUGGAAUAUAAUGAAAGGGAGGGGGAGAUGCGAGGUAACUGGGUGAUUGAGCUAAAAGCAUCUGGCAAUAGUGGUGCAGCUUUGGUAAUUUAGUUGAAAAUAAUGUUUUAUCAUAGUCCAAAAUACAGUUAGUACAUUUGUGUCAUCCUCAUCAGACGAAUCCUAAAAAUAAUUUGGAUGUCUAACUGGACUUCAAAUCCCCACUUAUCUCAAUAGGAGUCUUGUGAAUCUAUGCGAGUCUAUAGGAGUCUUAUGAUCUACAUGUAUCUCUAGCCCAGCAAGUCAAUAAUUAAGCAGCUAAUAAAUGGGUUUGACUUUUGUGCACAAUUAUAUUCACGUCCAACUGAUUGAAAUGAUCUAUUGAUUGUUCAGCUUCUUUUGACUAAACUUUUACUCUAUGUGCACCAUAAAGUUUAGAUUAUAAAUCACAAAUGUAUGUAAAUUGACACCCUUUCUUAAAAAAAAUCACCAUUUAAAUCUUUGCCAUUUUAAAAGAAUUGGAACUGAAACCUAGAAUUUAAAUAAACCUAUAAUUACUUUUUGGUCAGUGAGAUAACUGCUGCUUCAUUCUGAAAGCCAGGUUUGGGUUUUACUAUAACAAUUGCAUGUCAGAAAGCAAAAAUGAAUUCAAUGUUUUAGUGGUUAGUAUAACCAUUUAGUUUCCCAUCCCAACUCAGCAAAUUGUUUUUCAGCACCAUCAGUUAAACCCAAAACUGGUAACCAUGUACCAUGAUCAUUAAAUGCAUCAAUUGGAAAUGGUCAUAUCACAAGUGAUGUUUCUGUUUAAUCUUACUUGCAUUGUAAUGUAUUGCCAUUGCUGACAUCUCAGAAGACAUAAAUGCUGGUAAUUGUGAACAUUGGUUUUCUGAAGUAAUUUAUUACAUGUCUUUUUCACCUUUUCAAAUCAAACUCAAGUAAUUUCUUGUACUGGUUAAUUGAAUAAAAAUUAUUCUUGUA